CACGAGUUUCAGCACCACCGAGAGCUCCGGACAAUAGCAUCCCCGCAUUCAUCAUGAGACCUGAAAUUGCGGCGCCGCUGAUAGCUGCGCUCGUUUACCGCGCCUGGUCCCACAAAUCUCUGACGCCGUUUGGCAUUGCCACUGCGUUCGCGACAGCAGUCGUGCACGCGAUACAUCCCUGGGGUGCUUUCUUCAUCUUGCUAGCGGCGUUCUUUCUUGCCGGCACUGCGGUCACGAAGGUCAAACACGACGUCAAGGCGAAACUCACGCAGUCUGCCACUGGUGCAUCUGGAGGCGAGGGAGCGCGCAAUCAUGUCCAGGUCAUUGCCAACUCGGGGGUUGCUUCGGUGCUGAUCCUGCUGCACUACUGGCAGUUGCAGAAGGAAGGCAGACUCGAACGCGGAGGCACAUGUUUCAAGAAGAAGAGCGACAUCCUUGUCGUGGGCAUCAUCGCAAACUACGCAGCCGUAGCCGCCGACACAUUCUCCUCCGAACUCGGAAUUCUCUCCAAGACGAAGCCCUUCCUCAUCACCGCACCAUGGCGCACAGUUCCUCCGGGCACAAAUGGAGGUGUGACCACCACGGGACUCGCAGCCGGCGCAUACGGGUCGCUCGCAAUGUGUUUGGUGGCGUGGCUCAUGCUGCCCUUCUGCAGAGAGUGGAAUUCUCAAGAGACCUUGAGGAUGGCCUUCGCGCUCACGUUCGCUGGUAUCGGUGGCACCAUUCUGGACUCACUGCUUGGUGCCCUUCUCCAAGCCAGUGUCGUUGAUGUAAAGUCCGGCAGGAUCGUCGAGGGCGAGGGCGGCAGGAAAGUACUGGUCCACAGUGCAGGGCCGCUGCAUCUGAAGAAGAGGACCGAGUUGAGGAGUAAGGUCAUCAAAACCGAACAAGGCAGAGGUGCCAUUGCGAAGAGCAGCGCUCUCGAUCCGGCACAGGCAAUGGAAACCAUGAAAAAGGCCGGAGCAGACGAGGCUGCUGUUGCUGAUGGGCAGCAUGAGAGCCGCAGGGUGGAAGUGGGCAGCGACUUGCUCGACAAUAAUGCCGUCAAUAUUAUUAUGGCGGCUACGGUAAGCAUUGGGAGUAUGUUGGUCGCCUGCAUCGUGUGGGACCAGCCCUUCAGCAGCGUGAUUGGGUUGUAGGCCCUGCUUCCAGGUCUCGUAGAUGAACGAUUCAAAGAUUCGAAGAAUCCCAAAAAUAACCCGAC